AUGGAAUAAUUUGAUUCAUUCAAUCCUGUUAAUAUUAGAAAUAUUCUUGAUAAGAUUGAAAAUAUUGGUUUCAUUAGCUCAAAUAAAUAAAUUUGCUUAUAUGCCAACAUCUUGAUGAUAUGUCAUGAUAUAAUCAUUUAAUUCAUUAAAUCUAAAUCAUAAUCUCUAAUUUGCUUCUCUAUUGAAUAUACAGUAAAGUAUCCACAAUUAUCAUAUUAGUUUUAAAAAAAUGAAUCGAAAAGUAAAAUUUAUGAAAUUUUUAAUUCUUACCUUCAUUCGUUAGAGUAAAAUAAUUCAAAAUUAUCAUCUAUAUUUUUAUAUUUAUUCUAAAUUGACUAAUGUAGAAAUUUAGCUUUACUUUAUUAAAAGUCUAAUUAAAUAAUCAGAGAUUUUACAAAAAUAAAAUAGGAAUAAUUAUUAGAUGAUAUAACAUUAAAAUUUAACGAUAUAAUAACAAUUUCUUAAUUAAUUUUUAAUUAGAUUACAGUUGAUGAAAUUAUUCAAUUAUUAACCAAUGAAGUGAUGAAAAAUACUUAAACUCUUAAUCCUCUACUGGAGUAUAAAUUAUAGUUUUUAUCCUUUUAGAAUCUCUGCAAGCCAUUUAAUUUAACUUUUACUCCUUUACAAUUAGAUCUAUCAAAAUUUUAAGCCUUUUUCUAGUCCAGACAGAAGUUCUCACAAAGACACAAAAUGUUAUAGUCCUAAAUUACAAGGUUUUUAUCAAUGGGGUUCCCCAUUCUUUAGUGAAAAUGAAUUUUAGAAGAAUCCAUUGAAUCAAAAAUUACUAGAAGAUUUAGAACAAUAAGCUAAAAAAUAUCCUAAACAAGAUAUAUAUGGAGUUAAUUUAAUUACUAUAAUCACCUAACACCAAAUGAAGCAAGAUCUGAUUUUGAAUCUAAAGAUUCAGUUGUUUCUCAUUUUAUCAAAAUGAAAAGCUAUGAAAAUUCAAAAAAAUAAAGUCCUUCUUUGAUAAAUUAUACCAAUAACAGUUUUAGUAAAAAGAAAUAAGAUCCAAGUAUUUUAAUAAUUAAAUUUUUAUAGUAAAAUAAAGUGGUUGCAUAUAUAAUAAUGAAGUUCCUCAAUCUCAAUAAGAAUUAUAAAAAAUAAUCCAAAUUUAUUAAAUCUAAUAUUUUGAUCCUUCUAUAUAACUUCCAUAACCAUUAGAUAUUUAGAUUAGUUAUGAACAUCUCAUAGAUCUUUAUACAGAAUUAGAAUAAGAAGUUACCUUUAGAAAAACAACUUUUAAAGCUAAACAAUAUUUUGCUUCAAAAGAUCCAAGAUAUUUAUAGAUAAACAAAAGUAAUCUAUUCUUUCUCUAAUUUCUAGAUGAAAAAAUUGAGGCUAUUUCUUAAAUAGAAGGAUGGAUCUUAGGAAAAAAUGAGUUUGGACAUAUAGGCUGCUGUGCCUAUUCUUAUAUACAAAAAUUAUGA